AUGCGUUCAACAGGAUUAUUUCGUGCAUCUUCAUUCGUUACUCAAGGAUAUCGUUGUCGUCGUUUAGCUACUGAUUAUAGUGUACCAUUAAUGACUGAUGUUAAAUGUGUUAAACUAUUUGUUGAAGCUUUACGUCGAUUAAGUUAUCGAGAAAAAAAAAUUGAUAUGUCUAUUGAUUGUAUUUCAUCGACAACACUUAUUCGAUUGCCUGGAUUUAUUGAUUGUCAUGUUCAUUUACGAGAGCCCGGUGAUGAACAUAAAGAAGAUAUUGUCAGUGGUACAGCUUCAGCUUUAGCCGGAGGUAUUACAAUGGUUUUAGCAAUGCCAAAUACUAAACCAGCAUUAACAAAUGCAACUGUAUUAGACCUAACUGAAAAACUCUAUGAAAAAAAAGCUUUAUGUGAUUAUGGUUUAUAUAUGGGUGCAACUGUUGAUAAUUUUCAAACUAUUUCUGAUAUUGCGCAUCGAUGUAUUGGAUUAAAGAUGUAUCUAAAUACAACAUUUGGUGAUUUAAAAUUAGACAAUAUGGAAAUAUGGAUGAAACAUUUUGAAACAUGGCCACAUGAUAUGCCAAUUGUAGUUCAUGCUGAAAAUCAAACAGUUGCAAGUAUAUUAUGUUUAUCUGAAAUUUAUUCACGUAGUGUUCAUAUUACACAUGUUGCUCGUCGUAAUGAAAUUCUUUUAAUACGAGCAGCAAAAUCAAAAGGUUUAUUAGUAACAUGUGAAGUAACGCCACAUCAUUUAUUUCUUCAUCGUGAUAAUACACAAUUUAUAUUAAAUGAAUAUGGUAAUAUGGAAGGUUUUCGUCAUGUUAAACCUGAACUUCAAACAAUUGAUGAUUGUCAAGCAUUGUGGGAUAAUAUAGAUAUAAUAGAUUGCAUUGCUACAGAUCAUGCGCCACAUACACGUGAAGAAAAAUCAAAUAAAGAAAAUCCACCACCUGGUUUUUCUGGUUUACAAACAGUAAUACCAUUAUUAUUAACAGCUAUACAUAAUGGAAAAUUAACAAUGGAACAAUUAAUUGAAAAAAUGUAUACAAAUCCAAAACGUAUAUUUAAUUUACCUGAUCAAGGUGAUGAUACAUUUAUUGAAAUUGAUAUGGAAAGAAAAUGGGUAAUUGACGAUAAAUUCUUAUUAACAAAAUCAGCAUGGACACCAUUUAUUGGUAUGACAAUGCAUGGUGCUGUUCAUCGUGUUGUAUUACGUGGUGAAGUUGUUUUUGUUGAUGGACAAGUAUUAGCUGAACCAGGUACAGGAAAAAAUAUAAUUAAUUUACGUGGCGAAUUGAAUCAAAUAAAAACAAUAAAAACAUCACAAAAUUUACCAUUGGAAAAUAAACGUUCACCUAGUCAUGCCGAACGAAAACGACAACGAUAUAUUAGUGAACCUAGUGCACUAGAUAAACCAGAAAAUAUACUAAAAAUAGCUCCUACUCUAGCGAGACAUCAUAUACUUAGUUCUUUAGAAUUAAAUCGUGCACAAUGUCGAGAAAUUUUUACAUUGGCACGGUAUUAUCGAAAUUGUCAAUUACAUCAUCGUCAAAUAGAACCAAUAUUAACUGGUAAAAUUUUAUCUCAUAUGUUUUUUGAACCUUCAACACGUACACAAUGUUCAUUUACUGCUGCAAUGUUACGUCUUGGUGGUAGUGUUAUGCCAUUUGAUAGUCAAGUGUCAUCAAUUAAAAAAGGGGAAUCACUUGAAGAUUCAGUUCGAAUGUUAAUGAGUUAUGCUGAUGUUAUUGUUAUUCGUCAUCCUGAAGUAGGUAUUGUACAACGUGCAGCUAAUGUUUCACGUGUACCGGUUAUUAAUGCUGGUGAUGGAAUUGGUGAACAUCCAACUCAAGCACUCCUUGAUGUUUUUACAAUUCGAGAAGAAAUUGGAACAUUUAAUGGUUUAACUGUAAGUUAUUUUAUUUAA